CACAUGGAAGCUGGAAAUGAAACAGCAGUCUCAGAAUUCCUUCUGCUGGGUCUGACUGAGGAUCCGGACCUGCAGCCCCUCAUCUUCAGCCUGUUCCUGUCCAUGUACCUGGUCACCAUCCUGGGGAACCUGCUCAUCCUCCUGGCCGUCUGCUCUGACUCCCACCUCCACACCCCCAUGUACUUCUUCCUCAUUAGCCUGUCCCUUACAGACAUUGGCCUCAGCUCAAGCACAGUCCCUAAGAUGCUGCUGAACAUCCAGGCACAAGUUCAGGGCAUCUCUUACCCUGGCUGCAUCACCCAGGUCUGUUUAGUUUUGGUUUUCAGCGGUUUGGAAACUUGUCUCCUUGCAGUGAUGGCCUACGACCGCUACGUGGCCAUCUGCCACCCACUUCGCUAUGCAGUUGUUAUGAGCACCCGCAUGUGUGUGGCACUGACUCUCCUGUCCUUGUCCAUUAGCAUCGUGGAUGGGCUUCUCCACAGUCUGAUGCUCCUAAGACUAUCCUUCUGUGCAGAGCUGAGAAUCCCACACUACUUCUGUGAACUCGCUCAGAUCAUCAGGUUCGCCUGUUCUGAUACUCUCCUUGAUAACAUAGUAAUAUAUGUGGCAGCUUGCCUCUUUGGUGGCGUUCCUGUGUUUGGAAUCAUGUUUUCUUAUACUCGCAUUGUAACCUCGAUCCUGAGAAGGUCGUCAUCAGAACGAAGAUACAAAGGCUUUUCUACUUGUGGGUCUCACCUGUCCGUUGUCACUUUGUUCUAUGGGACAGCUUUUGGGGUGUACAUUAGUUCUGCAGUGACCAACUCACCCAGAAAGAUGGCAGUGGCUUCAGUGAUGUAUUCUGUGGUUCCUCAAAUGCUGAACCCUUUCAUCUACAGUCUGAGGAACAGGGACAUGAAGGAAGCCUUGAGAAAAUUCCUUUGUAGAAAAGCUUCACUUAUCUAA